CUCUAGCCAGUUCCCCUUUCUGUAGCUGAGUCCUUCCUCAGGCCUCAGAUUAGGAGUUGUAAGGAGGCCCGGGGGGUCUGGGGAGCGGACAAGGCUCCUGUUUUCUAGCUUGUUUGUUUGUUUGUUUUUUUAAAACAUACUUUUUUUUUUCUUUUACCUUCGACCUUUUUUGUUUCAAGUUCCUGUAGUCCUCGGGGAUGCUACUGUGCUUGUGUACGUGGUCCCUGAGAGCCGCGGUGGAGAGGCAGCGGUGACAUGUGUGCCCUCAAGAAAUGUGCAGCCUGCAUCAUGGAAUUGGGAAUCCUUCUGCUAGUGACGGCCUUCACGCUCUCAGGCGCUGCUUCCAUGAAGAUACAAGCUUAUUUCAAUAGCACUGCAUGCCUGCCGUGCCCACAUUCAAAGGUUCAGAACAUGAGCCUGAGCGAGCUGGUCGUAUUCUGGCAGGACCAGAAAAAGCUGGUUCUGUAUGAGCACUAUCUGGGCAGAGAGAAAUCUAAUAGCGUAAAUGCCAAGUACCUUGGCCGCACGAGCUUCGAUGAGCAUAACUGGGCUUUACGGCUUCCCAACGUUCAGAUCACAGACAUGGGCUCAUAUGACUGCUAUAUCCAACAAAAACGACCCACGGGAUCCGUCAUCCUCCAGCAGACAAACAUGGAGCUGUCGGUGGUCGCUAACUUCAGUGAGCCUGAAAUAGAGCUGGCUCAGAAUGUAACGAGAAAUUCUGGCAUAAAUUUGACCUGCACAUCCGAGCAUGGUUUUCCAAAACCUAUGAAGAUGUAUUUUUUGAUCAUUAACUCAACUAAUAAGCAAGGCGACGACAUGGAGAUAUCACAAGACAACGUCACAGAACUAUUCAGCGUCUCCACCAGCCUGUCGCUCCCGUUCCCAGAGGACGCGUACAAUGUGACUUUCUGGUGUGUUCUGGAAACCAAGUCGAUGAAUAUUUCCUCCAGACCCUUCAGCGUAGUUCUUCCAGAGCCCCGACCUGUUCAAGAGAACUGGAGAGUCACGGUUGUUGUCGCGGUUGUUGUUGCUGUCCUCGGCGCGGUUCUUCCUCUGAUCAUCUAUUUCCUAUGUAGCUGCUGGUCGAGGCGAAAAGAUGCCAGAAGAAGCAGGAGCCGCGUGGCAUCUGUCUCUUAGAAAGGUGACGAGUGUCUUUGUCCUGUCUGACAGUCACCGCUGUAAACUUUGUCUUUAAAGAGCCCACAAGAUGAGGAGGCAGUUCAUCAGUGCAGUGUCACUUGGCAUGUGCAAGCCAAGUCCAGUCUCCAGUACCGAAGAAGGUGUUUUGACGUGAGACUCUGAAACCACUCACAUUUGCAUAUGCUGUACCUUGCAUACAUUCAGCUCCCCGUUGCCAUCUCCUGCUCCUCCCUCUCCCUCCCUCGCACCGGUGACCCUCUUGCUUCCUGAUAAUCCCCCUCCUACUCUCAGGAAGUAGAUGAUUGAUCAGUCUAGAUGCUGCAUGACAGAAAACAUAUUACAGCCGUCUUUCUGAGUCUUGGUUUGCUUAGCACGAUGAUCUCUAGUCAUUUACUUUAGGACGGCAUAAUUUUGUUCUUAACAAUGGUUCAAUAAAAUUUUGUAGUGCAUAUAUAUAUAUAUAUAUAUAUAUGUAGGUAUGUACGGACCCCCUGUUCUUUUUACUUACUUAUCUGUUGAUGGCUCUGUAUUUUGGCUACUGUGAAUAAUGAAAUAAUAAACCUGGUCUAUAUGUCAAUA